CUUGGAUGGCCGACCCACGCUAACCAUAACUUAACUCCGGAGCGGCAGCUCCCAAGUACUCAACGCGCGCGGAAUGCUCCGUUUGAUGAGCAAGCAGGUUGAGUGAGGCACAUUUCCAUCACGGACGGGUCACACCCGUCCACCAGCGGGUCGCAACUCCUGCUAGCAUCGGCCACGAAAGGACGUGCUCCAGAACGAAGUGGCAAGACGUCGGCACCACUCCAUCGCUCCCGACAGCUCGAAGUUUGAUCAACGUCGCAAUCGAAGCCCGCAACAAGUCACGACGAUGCCAAGGUGAGGUAACGACUGCCUCCAACUCGCCCAGGAAUUGGGUAGCGCUAAGAUCGUUGUCGAAGCGUUUUGAGAUGGCUGGGGUCAUUCUUCGUACCAAGACCUACCAGCGUCCAUUCCAACGAGUCAACGUCCACCGAUGUGGCCUCCGGCCUUCUGGCCGGUAGCGAGGCCCACAGCAGAGCCUGCUAGACACCGCUCUGGCUCCCGCCGUCCACGACAACGAUCGCGUGUCCAUUAUGACUCUUUCGCCGGCCGUCAAGUUUCCACAGCAAACGCCGACCGCCGAGCCGUGGGCACCGAGCCCGUUGCUUCGUUGCCCUGCGGCACCGUUCUGGCCCGACCGAAACCGAAGUGGCUUGAUGACAACGCCAAGGCGUCCGGCACGACCCCGCUCCAACCUCGGAGAACUCACUCAUGACAAGCCACCACACAUUGAGUUGGUGAGCAGAGGUCAUCCUCCCGGGUUUCGCGUGCCGACGAGGUGUGAGAGGGAGAGCAUUGGCUGGGUCGGCCCUCGUGAUGGGGGACACGGGGUCUACUCACAGCGAUGAGUUGAUGGACGGUGGCCGCCGCGACGACCCUUCCCCAGUGCUGCGAGAGUCGGAGCACCAACUUGGAUUGCGCGCGAUCUGGGGAAUGACGAGUCACGACACAAGGGGCACCGUCCCCCACAUCUCCCACCACGUUGGCCUCCAAAUGUCGUUCCUCCAAGGUCGGCGCCGGCGUCUGGACCUCCACACUGUGUCCGGUCCGAACGACCCAGCUGUGAGCACGCCAAGACCGCUACCCCAGGCGUUUCCACAAGACACCACUCUUGGCCCCGCCCUUGGCCUCCACUUUGUGAUCAGAUAAUACCGCAACCUAGACAUUUGGGGAGAUAUGGCGUGGCGUGGUCCAUAUCUCUUGGCCUCCACUCCGGAGAUGCGCCGAAUGUGUCGGAAUCCAUCAGCUGAGCGCCGUCCCUGCUGGCUGAGGAACAACCCCAGGCGUUUGGCGUCUGCGGGCGUCUGGAACAGGCGUCACGGGGUGGCGCCGAAGUCUGACCGUGCCGCGGGCCAGCAAUGGCACGGGUGCCAUACCUCUGCCUGCUGGUCUGCGGAAGCGAACCAAAGCCACAGGACCUGGCCACGUACGCUCAGUGCAGAUCUCAGGUUGUUUACUCCACUUGCCCGUGUGCCCUGCGACCACGCGCACAAGUGGGCAAGAUUUGGGAUGCGGGUACAGAGGGGGUGGUGACGGCCACUUCCUCGGGAUGGCUGCGGUCAACCACCAGCUGACGCUGGCAGACACGGGUGCACUACAACGACAGAAUUGGUUUCUGCCGUCCACUACCGGAUUAAGCGAAACGAUCCAGCGAUACCAACGAGUGAGACGAGAGCUGCGAGUAACCGACGAAACUGCCGACAACGACGCUGCCGUCACGUCGAUCAACGGGGGUUCCUUGAGCAAGCGAACUGCUUCCUCGGUACUGUUGCAUUGACUACUGUAGUGCGACGAGAACUGGAAGAGACGCAGAUCCCGCGGACGCGGGGCUUCAAGCAGACGAAACCGAGGCCCCUCAUGCACACAUUCGUGUUGCCACUCGAUUCAAACCCUGGGUACGAUUCCGUCGGCAGGUGCCGUUGAUCGCGUGUCGGCAGAUGUGAGCCUUUCCCAAAGCACCCGACGUCACAUGUUCCAAUGCCGCUGUCAGCCAUCCUCGCCAAAGUUACCAGACGACCAAGAGGACGAACAACAAUCAACAACAUGCCAAUGCAGUGCCUCUGCAGGCACCCUGCAUACCUCGAAUGACGCCUUGCAUCAUCGUUGCCCCACAAACGACAUGGCCCCACCUCCACUCUGAGCCCACAAAGCGCCUCUACGUUACGGCGCCGACCCACCGAACGAAUAGAAAAUAACCCGCCCCCAUCGGAAACACACCGAGAUGUGGAGGACCGCGCCGAGGUAGGCGAGAGGUGGGCCUAAUUUGGCCACCGAGGUCGGUCUCUGAGCACCUAGGCACGGCGCAUGCACGACGCAGACGGCGUCGGCAUGUGACAGUGGGUUCGGCCGGUGCGGUCUGUCGCAAGGCGCGCGCGCCCAGUCGUCUCUCAUCAAGCGCACUACGUGAGGGAAGCCAAUUAUGGCGGAUUCUCUAAGCGGAAAAACAAGGAUGACUUGAAACUAGCCCGCCGGUCUGUGAAGCUCCACGGCGCGCCGCGUGAUGCGGCAUCAGCCUGCGGGCUACCCUCGUGUUCGCGGCUCUUGGACAGCUCGUGCACACUCCCGCCAGCCCUUGACCUCCCGUUUGUGCACUCGCUGUUGGCUCUUGUUGCGCGAACAAACCCGGGUCGAGCCCCAAUCAACGGCGACCCGCCCGGGCGAGCCCCGAGCCUCCACCGACGAUGGACCGACAGACAAGGAGGGUGCCGAAAUGAGUGGGGCCUGGCUCAGGGACACUCUCCGCGCAGCGUGUGCCACCCUAGGCCAGACCUUUAGGUUCGGUGAAGCGAACCGACACUCCCAAUUUGGCCCGCAAGCCCGACAACGCAAAACACGGUGGGCCCGCGUGACCCGGUCCCCCAUCAACCCCACGGAGCGAGCGGGACAGCAAAGAGAACUCAAGGGGCGAGCAGGGCCAAGCGAGGGCAACGCGCAGCGCGCACCCACGAAGACGGCCAACCCUCUCUGCUCGCGACCUGCCGUGCUGACGAUCUCCCGGGGCCGUGUACCCCAAUCGGUCCCCCGCCGAAAUCCUCCCGGUGUGGAGGCUCCGGUUCAACAGGGGGUAUGAGCCGAGGACUCGCGGCCAUCACCUCGGGAACGGCGCGGUGGACAACAAGUACUUAAACCUGGUGUCGCCAGGCUGUUUGGCCCCCAUCGUCCCCUCGUGACUGCUACCUCGACAGCUACUGCGCGAGUGACCGACCGAGCGACCCAGAGCCCGACCACACGAACACUACCCCCUCUCCCGACUACCACUCCCUCACACACCCGCCAUCACCAUGGCCGCCUCUGACGAUGAGAAGUACGCCGAGAAGGGAGACGUGAUGCACCUCGACCAGCCCGCGUCUUCCGAGGCCGCCCAGAUCCGUAGCGAUGCCAUGGAGGCUGAGGAGAACGAGCUCCGUAUGGGCCUCGUCGAGGGUCUCAAGACCUACCCCACCGCCGUCUUCUGGUCGUUCGCCAUCUCCCUCCUCAUCGUCAUGGAGGGUUACGACACGGCCGUGCUCAACAACAUUAUCGGUCUCGAGUCGUUCCGUCGCCACUUUGGUUACGACACUGGCGACACGUCCGACCCAUCGCAGCAGUGGCAGCUGUCUGCCGCAUGGCAGACUGCUGUUGGCCAGGCGCCCUCCAUCGGUUGUUUCGUCGGUAUCUUCAUCGCCUCGUGGGCUCAGGACCGCUGGGGCUACAAGCGCACCAUCCAGGUUGCUCUCGUCUCGCUCACUGGCUUCAUCUUCAUCAACUUCUUCGCCGUCAAUGUCCAGAUGCUCUUCGUCGGUGAGCUGCUCUGCGGUCUCCCCUGGGGCGCCUUCUCCUCCUCGGCCGUCUCGUACGCUUCCGACGUCACCCCCAUCCCCCUCCGCGGCUACCUCACGACGUACGUCAACCUCUGCUGGAUUAUCGGACAAAUCUUGGCAGCUGGCAUCCUUAAGCGAGCCAUUACGCUCGAGGGCAAGUGGGGCUACAAGGUUCCCUUCGCCAUCCAGUGGGUCUGGGUCGUUCCCCUCUUCAUUGUCGCCCUCGUCGCGCCCGAGUCGCCAUGGUUCCUCGUCCGCAAGGGCCGCCUCGAGGAGGCCGAGGCCGUUGUUGUCCGCCUCUCGAGCAAGACCCACAAGGUCGACCCUGCGAAGACGGUCGCCAUGAUGGUCCGCACCAACCAGAUGGAGGUCGAGGCCGAGAUUGGUGGCACGUUUGCCGACUGCUUCAGGGGCUCCGACCUCCGUCGUACCGAGAUCUCGUGCCUCACCUGGAUGUGCCAGCACUUGUGCGGCAUGGUCUUCUGUGGCUCGCCCGUCUACUUCCUUCAGCAGGCUGGUCUCAGCGAGGACAAGUCGUUCGACGCCAACCUCGGCAUCACCUUCAUGGCCUUUGUCGGCACCCUUCUCUCCUGGGUUACCCUCACUGUUGGCGGCCGUCGUCCCUUCUUCAUUGGUGGCAUGGUCUUUAUGAGCAGCAUCAUGUGGAUCAUUGGCGGCAUCUCGUGGCCGGCCGACCACCACAACAGCGCUCGCUGGGGACAGGCCAUCCUCAUCAUGAUUUUCGUCUUUGCCUACGACUUCACCAUUGGGCCCUUGACCUACUGCAUCGUCGGCGAGACCUCGGCUACCCGCCUCCGCUCCAAGACUGUCGGCCUCGCCCGCAACGCGUACAACGUCACUGGUGUCUGCGCUGGUAUCCUCAACACGUACAUGGUCAACAAGACUGCCUGGAACUGGAAGGGCCGUGCCGCUCUCCUAUGGGCGUUCACCGCCGUCAUCAUGACCAUCUGGUGCUACUUCCGUCUCCCCGAGAUGAAGGGCCGCUCGUACCGUGAACUCGACCUGCUCUUCGAGCGCAAGGUCCCCGCCCGCCAGUUCAAGAACACCAUCAUCUCCGAGGAGGACGACGGUGGCGCGCUCAACAACCCCAACGCCAUCCCCGUCGACGUCAACACUGGCCGCAAGUUCUCGACGGCUAGCGCGCUCCACGGCGACAGCAAGGUUUAAGAAGGGCAGGAGAGUAGGGUAGGGUGUGUGUCAUCAGUAGCAGUGCUCAGUAGUGUGUAAAGAGGCGUGACAGGACGUAAUGGGGAUGCAACUGGUAUGAAGCAGCA